UUGUAAAUAAUACGUGUGCAUUUGAUACUAUUCUAUCGAUAAUCUGCAUUGGCUAUUAUGAUUUUCCAAAAUAUAAAAACUAUAUUGAAAAUAUGAGUAACGAUUUUUUGCAAUUUUGUAAGUCGAUUGCAAUACACGGAGCUUCAACAAAAGACUACCAUAAGAGAUAUGAAAUUUUAAAAAUAAGUGGAAUAUUGGAGAGACCAAAUUCCGAAAUGAGUGGUGUACAAUGUUAUGACGCCCAAUGUAAUAUACAGAAUCUCAUAAAGCAAUUGAAAGUUAUAUCGGGUAAAAAAAAUAUCAACUGUGAUAGAUGUUCAUUGGUAAAUAAUGAAUAUCUCAACCUGUUAAGCCCUAAUAUGAAAAUAAUUGGUGCAAAAGGAUUUACUAAAGAAAUAUUAGAAGAAGAAAUACAUAAAUAUAUAUCAACCAAGCAAGAACUUUGUAAUUCAUGUGAUCAUUAUAUCGAAACAAUCUAUGAAGUAGAACCUCAUAUUUUUAUUGACGUUGAUCUUUUGGGCUAUUAUGGAGAUGCAAACUGCAAAAUAUCAUCCAUUCCCACAACUAUAAUGAUAUAUAAAAAUCAGUUCAGCUUACUAGGAAUUGUCGAUUUCAUUGGGAAUAGUAUUUUAGAAGUCAACCAAACAAUGGGUCACUACACAGCCUACAUAAGAAGGUCAGACAACUGGGAACAUCACGAUGAUCUUAAGAAGAAGACCAGACGCGUUUCAUCAGAACAAAUUAUUAAUCCGCAUAUCCUAAUUUAUGUAAUGAUGUAAAAAGCCUAAUAUUUACGAUAUUAUUUACAAUUAUUUUUUACAAUUAUUAUAAAUUAACAUAAACAUAACUAUUUUUUAUCAACAUAACAACAAAAGCUAUACAGAUUUUUUUUUAUACAAAAAUAAAGUAUUGUUAUUUAAUAUUAUUUUAUAUGAACACUAUUAAAUGAAGAAGUC